CAAUGCUUCACUGACUCAAUGUGGAAAUUAGUGCAAUGCCUCAUUUCCCUAAUGUGCAAAUGAAUGCAAUGCCUAGUUUACCCAGCGUGCAAAUUAGUGCAAUGCUUCACUGACUCAGUGUGGAAAUUAGUGCAAUGCCUUGUUUACCCAAUGCGAAAAUUAGUGCAGUGCCUCGUUUACCCAAUGCGGAAAUGAACACAGUGCCUAUCUACCAAUGUGCAAACUUACACAAUCCCUAGUUGAGUAACCUGCCAAGACUGCUAUGGUUUGAGCACCACAAUAACCACGACAGAGCCAAAUCCAGCAGGUUGUAACCUGCUUGCUUGAUUGCAGAUACUCUCGGGCAUCAUCAGCCGAUCAAGCAAGAUUGGAAUGACGUAGACAAGCUCCCAGGAAAAUGAAAUAAGGAAUAUUUACUGGGGGAAGAUAGGAAACCCCAAGCAAAGACUUCAGCAACUGCAGUGAUGGAGGAACUAACCCUGUUCGUAGAAACAAGGUUCAAACCCUUGUCUGGUUUGUGUUCCUUUCUGGUGUGUGCAACAGAUGGCUUGGCCCCCUCUUUUGAACGGGUUGCUUUGUUUCCAGGCCUCCCUUGUUCUUGCAACGGUCAGAUUAGUUCUUGUGUUUGUACUGACAAAUGGGGGAAGCGACUCUCACAGGAAGCGGCUUGAAAUGGGAGCGUCCUCAGCACAGACGGCUCCGUCAGCCUGAGGAUCACGCAGUUGAUGGAAGGGACUGCAAAACCUCUUGUCUGAGGAGGAUGCACGGACAUCCCCCACAACAAUUUGGGCCGUUACCCAGAUUUGCAUCAGGUCAUCUCCCCUUGCUGCAGACAGUGCGGAUCAGCACAAAAAAUAGGUUCGUUGGGUGCAAAGCUGAGUCUGGGCCUGCUGAAGCAAGGCGUGUGCGUGCGUGGUUGACCUCACUGUAGGCGUAGUUUGUGUUUCGUUGACGGAUUUUCAAACAGUGUCUCCUUCCAGAAUUUGCUGAAAAAAGGAGGUCACACUGAAGUGGACCUACCACAGUUCUGUAAAGGAAGCAACAUGGAAACGGACAAUCUGGUGGUCAUCGUUAGAAAUGAGGACAUUUUUCCACACAUUCAUGAGGUCCCUUCCUUGCUGCGUCUCAAGCACUUCCCCAAUGUGACUUUUGCUGGCGUGGACAGCCCCGAAGACACCCUCGAUCACACCUACCAGGAGCUGUUUCACAGCGGCGGCUUUGUCGUGUCUGAUGACAAAGUGCUUGAGACGAUGACUGUGGGGGAGUUGAAAGACGUGAUCAAAACUCUGGAGAAGCUCAACAGUCACGGGAGGUGGAAAUGGCUCCUUCAUUACAGGGAAUCCAAGAAACUCAUGGAGGAUGCCAGGGGGGAUCCUGCUGCGCACACCAAGGAGUUUGUCCUGAAAUCCUGCCAGGGGACAAAUAUCACCGAAGUCCUCCACUAUCACAAGUGUGACUCCAGAUCUUGCGUGAGAUUUGAGCGCUUCAACUGUUUGUUGAACUUGCAGAUUCAGCACAUCACCAAGAGGUUUGCUGUGUUUCUCACAGAAAACGCCAGCGCCAGCCGAGAAGCCUUGGAGAACAAAGGCAUCCUGGGCCUGGAUGUCAGCGGGUUCCUUGCAACUGCUCAAGAGAUGGUGGCACCGUUUGGACGUGGCUUUUGGUAACCGGGGCAAAUGCCUCCCGAAUCCUCCAACCAGCCGGGGAUCACGAUGCCGAACAAACUCCUCUGUUCGUUCUGGACGUCCCCGGAGACGCUGGACUCUCCUCCCGCUCACUCCAUUGGUGGCCACCCCACGGUGAAGCCACAACAUCUGAGGACAAGGGGACGGUCCCCACUCCACCCCUGCCGGUUUUAUUUAAGGGCUGUGGAGGGGGUCUCUCUUUAUCGAGCCACAGCGUGGCACCCGAGACGGAAAAUGCGUCACGUUCGCAGUUAUCUUGGGUCGGAAAGAAAAGCAUAGGAGUAAUCUGAUCGUGCAGCUCGGUAUAUCAUAGGAAAAUAAUUAAAAAAAAAAAGACUUUACUUGAAGGGUUAAGAAUCGGUUCACGUAAACCCGAUUUUCAGACACGGGACGCGGUUGGAUGUAUUCUGUCAGGGAGUGUGUUGCUCAGGCUUUUGCACAACUCCCGUGUACUUCUGCUUGUCAAGGAUGCAUUGCAACCGUUCUGCUUGUCUCAUGUGGAUUUUGGGGUUUGGGAUUCUUUUGCACACCAAAACAAACAUUGGACGUUACUGUGCAAUGAUCAUUACCUUUAAAGGGUGUUUUUGGGGGGGGGGCGCGGGGGGAAAUGGGGAUGGGAGAAUAGAUACCCGAAUAAUAGCGCUUUGUUCUUUUGUAGAUAGCAUGGUUUGAUUCCGGAGCUAGGUUUCUAUCGAACCGUCUGUUUAUGAUAUUGCAAUAAGGAGAUUCAUUAUGUUGCUGCACUAAUAAAAUUAGGCCUUGUAAGAUACCUUCUCCAUCUUUGGAAAAAAUUCUUUUGUAACUAAUCUUUAUAAAUAAA